AUGGCUACUUCGGAAAAUGAAUAUGUGAUUCAGUGUGGUUCAGCUGCAACUGUAACUAUCGUUGCAACUGGCAUCCCCAUGUGUUACAACGAUACGGUGUAUGUUGAAGCUCCCAAGAAGCUGGUUAGUACCAAGAGAAACAUGUUUUGGCAGGCGAUUUUCAGCAUUUUGCUCAUAGUUCAAGUUGUAAUUGCUGAUAGUAUACCCAAGCACAUUUCCUCCAUUGACUGGCAAUCAGCUCAAGAUGGUGAUUUACAUUAUGAUAAAGAUUCGGGAUUGUUAGUAAAGGUUGUCAAAGAUGUGUCAGAAAUUGAAAGAAAUUUGAAACGAGUUAGAGGAAACUUAACUAUUGGCGACACACAAGCUAGAGGACCAUGUCCUCACAAUCCAAUAACUAGAAACUGGGUGCAAACUCAACAAGCCGGUUCGGGAGAAUGGUGGACAGCUUGGAGACAGGUACCCGAUACGAUUAUGCAAUGUGAUAAGGGUUCUGGUUCAACCACACUAGAGAAAUCAUGGUCCCAAGGGUAUUCCAUUAGCAAUGAUAUUGGCAUCAGUAUUGGCGAAGUGAUUCAGUUGGCAUUAGGAGCAGGUUUGUCACUUGAGGUAUCCCACGGAUACGCCAUUCUGAAGACUUGUGAUUGCGAUCAGAGUCUUGGCGUGGCUUGUAUUUGGGAGCAGCACAAAAUGGGAUGGACAGACACACAAAGGCAAGACUGUUACUCUUUUGAGAACUGUGAAGGAGCCAUUCUAGAAUGUUCCCCCUGGUCAGCUUAUCAACACACUGAUGCCCCGAUUGGUCUGAAUAAUCAAGAAAACAUCGUGGUAGAUGGUUGCUCGCAAGGUUGGGAUAGUUGUAACAAGUGA